CGGGCCGGGAGCGCUUCGAGCCGAGCAGCGCCGGGCUCUGCCGUCCUCCCGAGUGCCGGCACUGCCUCCGGCAUUAAGGCAGCCGGCAGCUUUCGUCGCCGCCCGUCUGCUUCGGCCGUUGAGCGACAGAAGACGCGACGCUGGGGCACGGCGCCGAGAGGCCGAGCCUAAUCUCCGUCCCGCGUUCCUCCUCCUGCGCUCUUUUUCAUGGAAAGCUGUGCCAGCUUCUGCAAACGUACAGCUUCCUGAAAAAAUAUAACAGAGCUGAACAGAGAGAGCUUGUGAAACAAGAGAUCUUGAAAGCAAAGCACAACGGCAGGGAGAAGCUCAGCCUCGGAUAGGUGUACAUGGCCGCAGCCAGCAGGCGGGCAAGAAGAGGCUAGCAGAGACACAGGCCAAAGAGCAGCGAGACCACCUCAGCUACGGAGCAGCCAGAGCGCCUGAAAAUGCGACAAGCACCAGGAGGCUGUGCAUUAUGGUCUGCCGUUUUCAUCAUCCUCACUACUUCUUCUCCUGUUGAACAAUGAUUAAGAAGACAAGUCGAACAGAACGCAGCUGGCACGUCUGCAGGAACACCUGGAAAAUAAAAAAUUUGGCUCACCUGAGGUGUUCCGCUCUUCUUUGCCCCCCGGAAUGCUGGCAGUGGAUAAUUAGAAAAAAAAAAUUAAGGGUAGAGGAGAGUUCAGAAUUCGCUUUAACUAUUAGCGUUGUCACUUGGCAUUGUACAGUUAUACACUGGGAAAGGCACUGACAUGGGAAAAUGGGAGAAGGUGGGUGCAGAGGCCAUCCCUGAGCUCAUUCCAAGUGGCAGGGCCAACGGGGAUGAUGUCACAAGCAGGGAGGUGCGAUCACAGAAGAGGUUCCAGCACACAAGAGGUGCUCUGGUUCCCACUGGGCUGGUGAGUGAAGGGUCUCACCGUGCAGUGGAGGAGACCUGAGCUGAACCCCUUCCUGAGGGAAACUCGGCCAGCGUGGGGAGAUCCUUGCCAGAGCACGUGGGGCCACCCUGCCACAAACACCUCUAUACUGGGCUGGUAGGGACACAACAGACAGAAAACAUCAGCAAGGGCCAGCAAAUACAUCAAGAGGAGGCAGGAAAGGCAGACAGAGGCACGGGAAGAUCGGGUUGUGCAGCAUGGAGAGACCUAUGGGAGGAAGCAGCACACCCGAAGCAGAGGGGGUCUGCACUGUGCCCGAGCAAAAGAGGGAGCCUGAGGCGACGUGCUCUGGGGAGCCUUCCACCAGCCGGGAAGCAAAGGCCAAAAAGAGUCGCUCCUCCCGCUCCUCCCGGGCUGGGCUGCUCUUCCCUGUGAGCCGCACAGACAGGCAGCUACGCAGAGGUCAGUUUGCUGAACGCUUUGGAGCCAGCGCUCCUGUCUACCUGGCUGCUGUGCUACAGUGGGUGACGCACAAGACCAUGGACGUGGCUGGGAGGAUUUCUAAGAAGAGCAACCAACAGUGCAUCUCUCCAUGCCACUUGCAGAUGGCUGUGAAGAGCAGCUCUGUACUCAAGCACCUUCUGGGAAGUGGGCCCAAGCGCCGUGGCAGGGCUGUCCCGCAAAGCCAGCGGAUGGCCUCACCCUCCAAAAGGAAGCAGACUAAGAGGAGGAAGAGAAGCCACAGGCGACAGGCUGCACCUGCUCGCGCCACUGCUGCUGUCACUGUCAAGUGAAAGCAGAAACUCCUGUCCUAGAUGGGCAUGGCAAGGGCUGUCUCAUUCG